GCGUUAGUACGCAGGCGUCAAGUCUGCAACAUAUUUAGAAGGAGUACAUUAGGUCGGGGUGCAUAUUAUCUCGGACUGCCCGCCAAGUCACCCUUGUUUUGGCAGCUGCGAUAUGGACUUGACAACCAGAGAUGUCUAUUUUCAGGCCCCGAGAAGAAGUUCGUUUUCCAUAAAGAACAUUCUUAACCUCCAAGAUGAAAGAGCCUUACCUGCGUUCCCGAGAGUAUCAAGAGAAGAAAUAGAAGAUUCUAAAGUUUCCCUUUUGAGACCCAUGGUGACUCCAAUCACUCAUGCCCUGAAUCCACCGCCAUUAAUGAGGUAUCCUCAUGCUGGUCUGGUCUCUCCACUGGGUGGCAUCAGUUUGAAUUGGCCAGUAGAUCCCGCUGCACAAGCCAACUAUCCUGCGUGGAUUUGCAACACAAGUUUUCUGCAAAGUUAUGAAUAUUUCAAUGGUUUUCCCCAAUAUUUAAAUCUUCCUAGACGCAGAAGGUUCUCUAGAAAGAAGAAGCAGCGUCCACUAUUUUCCCAAAACCAAGUACAAACGAUGGAAAAGGAGUUUGCAAAGCAUCGUUACAUCACAGAAACCAAGCGUGCAGAGCUCUCUACAGAGCUGGGUCUUACAGAAACACAAGUGAAAACGUGGUUCCAAAAUAGAAGAACAAAAUGGAGAAAGGAAAUAAAGGAUCAAGUGGUCACAACAGUAUCUCAAACGAACAAGAACUGUCAGCAAAAUUUGUCGGGAACGAGUUCCUAUAAUGACGAAUUGUCAGCGCCUGCGGCAAGUUCUCGUGCUUUCACAGACUUGUUUCAACGGGAUAUGUUCAUAGUGUAAUAAACCAAGUUGUGUGGUGGCAGACAGGUAUUUCACUUGAACUCUAUCAAACUGGUGUUAAUUGAUUUAGCCAUGCUAAGCUAAAAGCCCUUCUUGGACCUCGUGGCUCUAAAGUUAGAUGGCUCCUCACUCGAACUGUUAUCCAAAUUGUUAUAUCUUGAACUUUCCGGUUCUUUACCAGAACGUAAGGGAAAUUCUGUGAUUUUCAAGCAUUGUACUUUGACCUGAAGAGUACAGAGCAAGAUCAGCCUGUUCUGGCAAGCAUAUCAACGAGAUAUUUGUGAAGCUAUACUAAAAUGUAAAAUACCUGCCACAAAGCAUUAUAGGAAAAGCUAAGUAUUGAUACAGAUCGUCCAAAAUUUCAAUAAUGAACGAAAUAAGACUUUUUUUCUUAAUUUCCUUUCCCGAAAUGAUUUAUAAACGAACGCCUGAUACGGUUGCGUUAAAAACACUGCAAAUAUUGGCUUCGAUAUUACGUAUGUACUCAUUUGGAAAGACACACAUAUUGGUUAAUUCAGUCCUAGAGUGAGCUUCGUACGUUUUUAUGCUAUAUGUUUGUAAAUUUAACUCCAGAGGGUUGCAAAUAAAUAAGGUAAUUUAAGUUUAAGCAUUGAUGUGGAUGCGAUGAAAUUUUUGGUAACUAAAUGCUUCUUGUAAACUCCUUGUUGCGGAAGGCAGUACGGACAACUAUCUUCUGAAAUAAUAGGUAUAGGCGACUGAAAAUGAGAUCUUCUUUAAGACUUUAUCAUUGCCGUAUCAACUUGCCGAUGUGAGUCAUAAAGUAACCAAACAAAGUAAUCGUGGGCUCGGUCAAGCAGCAUUGAGCCAAACGAAAAAGGUGCAACCUAAAAUGGCGCUCUUCGUGCAGAACAACUGAUAGCGCCAUCCGUUCUCGGAAUUAGGAGCAAAAAACGGUUGAGUCACCUGGCUUUAAUUGAAGUCCUUCUGCGGGAAUUGAGCGGAAGGA